UAGACAUGGCCCUAGCAACAUAAACAAUAUGGCUGACCAUGUUUUCAUUUUUGGAUUUGGAUAAAACUUGCACAAAAUUGUAGAAUUGAUCACCGAUUUGCAAAGAAAUUAGUUUCGCAUUAACAAACUGUAUAGUUGACAGAAACAAUUGAAUAUUAUCAAAAUGGCUGCACUACAAAGUCGACAACCAGAGACAUUUCAGUCAUCUGGAGGUGUCAUGAAUGAAAACAAGUCCACCAUCCCUGUUGUGGCCCAUGUUAUCACAGAUGAGGACAUUGGAGCACUACAGGGGUCAAAGCUGGUUGCAAUGAACCUUAACAGAGUUGUAAAGUUGCUGACGGAUCCACAUUCUUCCAUGCUGUAUGACCGACACAUCAAUGCUCUUCAAAGAAUGUUGAGGCACUACACAAAGGGAUUUCCCAUGAAAGAUUUGGUUCAAGUCUUCAAGAUUCUCAACACUUGUUCGGAUAGAGUCAAUGAGCAGCCCAGAUAUGAACAGUUCAUUAUCGACAUACUGAAGAUAUGUAGCCUUCCUUUCUUAAAAGAGAAGUCUUCGGAUGAACUGGUGUUUGAGCAGAUCGUUAUUGAAUCUGUUUCCCAGUUGGGCUACCUGAUGCGUGUACCGAGUGUGGACGUCCGCAAACAGAUCUGUGAGACCCUGCUUAGCUUCUUCUCCGAAAUGCCAGUUAGCCAGGAAGUCCAGUGCCACAAGCCAACAAAUCUCCAGUAUAAUCAGCGUGUGGUGGAGAAUAGUGACAUUUCAGAGACCCUCGUGAAGUCGCUGGCCCUGCUGGAGCAUGAACUCCCGGUCAAACUGGCCGUACUGAAUGUGCUGCAGAAGUUCUCAAAACACUCAGCGAAGAUCUGUGAUGCGAUGCUACGUGCUGAUGCUGCCCACCGAGUUUGCUCACGGUUGAUGGACCCUGACCCCUCUGGUCAGCUGCUGUUCCGGUCCACAGAAAUCUUGUGGAAUCUGCUGGAGAGGGGCGACAAAGCAACACUUGCUGCACAGCUUAACAAUCUUACCUGUAUCAGCCAACUGCGUGAUGCAUUUAUCUACCAGCUGACCCAGGGAUAUAGUCAUUAUGACAGACAACUCCGUAAUGACUUGCUUGUAAUUGCCUCCCUUGUUGCGUCUUACUGCCCAAAUGCUCCGUUUGUGGAGACUGGUUUCGCUAAACAGCUUGUGCUCUUCUCUACGUUCCAAGAAGUAAAAAGCCACAAUGCCCUAGUAAAACAUCUUAAGCUGAUGACAAACCACGAGGACUUUGAGCUCAAGAAACUCUUGUUCAAUGUCAUGGUGACCCUGGGCAAUGAUUCUACAGCACUGCCGAUCCUGUCGGAAGGCCACCUUAUGUUAGCCCUAUUCUCGUUCGUACGAGCCAACGAGAGUCAGUCGGGCCCGCGGGAAUGGACACCCGCCCAAUUUGAAGAGCUCCAACUUCACGCGAUGUCAAGCUUGUGCUCGUUAUGUCCAAAAAUGCUUGAUGACUACAUGACAGUGCAGGGAAGCACCCGCAUUCUGCUAUUACUUGAGUGGUGUGUCGGACCAGAGGACUUUGGUGGCCAUGGCAACAGCUUGCAUGGCAUUGGCGGGCGAGGGAACAAGCGUGCCCAGAUGCGUUACUGCCUACGUGUGCUGCGGAGCGUUGUUGCCACGGGAGACGAACUGGCACUUCAGGACUUGGCCGACCAAGGUGCCAUUAACCAGCUUAUAACAAUCCUGACUAACGCUAUCACCAGCAACACAGACGAUGAUGCCAUUGACGUUGAAAUGCAGGCGGACAUGAUGCUUAUCCUUUCAUGUCUUUGUGACGGGGACAUGCAUAGAAAGGAAUUGUUUGGGGAGUCCGGUGUCAAUGUGUGCGUCCACUAUUUAAGAACAAAUCCCAAACUGCUGAACAGUGGACUAGGCCACCACAGGCUGCUACUAGCCGCAGUAGACUGUGUCUGGUGUUCUAUAGUUGGGUGUUACUCUACAGAAGAUUAUCUAUUGGAGAAGGAGGGAAUCUUCCUUCUGAUUGACCUACUGGAGGCUUGUCCAAAGAACAUGCACAACCUGAUUCUUGGCUGCCUCCUGGAUCUAUGUGAGAAUCCAAAGACCAUUCAUCAUGUGCUGACGUGGCGAGGAAAAGAGAACUCUUCUGCAGCGCACCUUUUCUGUGAGACUUGGCGCGGUGAGGAAAGAGAUCUUGGCGUUAAGAGGGACGGGAAUGGAGCCAUUGCAGAUGUACACAAACCCCUAAUGGGAUCCCUACAAGACAUCAAGGGAGUGAUCCCGCUGCCUGCAAGCUGUCUGUCCCAAGCCAUAGUUGACGUCUCAGAAAACAUGAGGGCAAAAAUAUACUCCACCUUCUGCAAGAUAGGAUUCACAGACCUGCCAGGACUUACUGUAGAAGACCACAUCACCCUCACAGUCAUUGAAAAGUACCUCGAUUUCAAGAUGGGCGAAGUUUGGACAGAGAUUAUCUCCGAACUCGAACAAGAGCAAGUUAGACCGACCACGCCCGAUCUUGAAGCAGUCGAGGCGAUAUCCCGGGCGAUUGAAAAUCGUGCAGAAAUCGUCGCUGGUACCCAGCAAGAGCUUCUGGAGGCACAGAAUAGCCAGGAUACUUUGAAUGAACAGGAGUUUUAUGCAGAGAUUCGUGAGAAUUACAGACAGAAGGAGAAACAGCUUAACGACUUCUCAGAGUAUGUUUCAAGGACGUCCAACUAUCAACUUCUGAAGGCUGCCAAAGAAAGGCAGGAGUACUCAAUUGAAGCAUCGAGAAUUCCAAAAGAGUACAAGAAAACAGAGUUUUUCCAUCCAAUCGAUUUACCACAGCUGCAGACAACUACAUUUGCCAGUAAGAAGGUGGUCGUGGACAGCACGCCACACAACCUGACUGGUGGGCCACUGGCUACAUACAACCCGGAAACAGGACACACUCGUGAGAGGAGAGUCCUUCAGCAAAAAGCAAUGACGAUGUGAGAGGAUGAGGAAGUCGACUAAUAUAUGACGUCAUUUCAGCUGGAUUUAAAAUUAGAUAUCUCUGAACACUGCAUCGACGUAAAUAAUUUAUUUGCGUUCCAUUAACUCUUCGAAUAAACUUUUAUGAUUUUUUGGCAUUCAUUGAGUGUUAGUCGGCCGUAAAAUUGUGAAAAAACAAUUUGUGUAGUAUAGUUUUAAUUCUGUGAUAAAUUAUUCUGUUUUUUCUUUGGAUAUUGUGUUGUUUUUUCUUUCAUUAAUAUCGCCACUUUUUUAAUGAGUGUACUUUUUAAAAAUAGUUUGAAAUGAAAUGGAAUUAUCUUUAAAACUUUUUUUAAUCGAAUAUGCAGUGAAAUCAAUAUGAGGUGCAUUUAAGUUGAUAACUAUCUUCGAGACAACAGCAAGGCACAUUUUCUUAAAGUAAAUAUACUCAUUAACAAUAAUUACAUGUAAUAAAAAAACUGAAAUGUAUGUUAGGCGAUAUGUACUUUCGAUAUGAAAUAAAUCAAAUAUGUUAA